CGGGGCUUUCAUUCAUCAUAUCGAGGUGAGAGCUCGUCUGCAUUUAGAUUAACUGUUUCGCCGUAUUUCGGGGGUUGUUAAGUCUCCAUCCAAGGUGAUUUGAAAUAGACUUUAACAUGACCACGCCGGAGGUUCGUCCUAAUCACACCAUCUACAUCAACAACCUGAAUGAGAAAAUCAAGAAAGACGAGCUGAAAAAGUCGCUUUAUGCCAUCUUCUCGCAGUUUGGCCAAAUUCUGGACAUUCUGGUAGCACGGAACUUGAAGAUGAAGGGCCAGGCCUUUGUUAUAUUUAAAGAGAUCAACAGCGCCUCCAACGCCUUGAGGUCCAUGCAGGGCUUUCCCUUCUACGACAAACCCAUGCGUAUCCAGUACGCCAAGACAGACUCCGACAUCAUAGCGAAGAUGAAGGGGACCUACGUGGAACGAGACCGUAAAAAGGAGAAGAAGAAGCCCAAGCCUGAACCGGGCAUAAGUAAGAAAGCAGCAGCAGCCAUGGUGGCUGGAGUCCCUGCAGCCAUGCCGGGAAUGCCUCCUAUGAGCCAGGCUCCACGGAUGUUGCACAUUCCAGGUCAGCCGCCGUUCAUGCCCCCUCCCGGCAUGAUGCCCCCACCUGGAAUGGCCCCCGGCCAGAUGCCAGGGGCCAUUGCUCCUGGUCAGAUGAUGCCUGGACAGAUGGCCCAGCAGGUUUCAGAAAAUCCCCCCAAUCACAUCCUCUUCCUCACAAACCUGCCAGAGGAGACGAACGAGCUCAUGCUCUCCAUGCUGUUCAACCAGUUCCCCGGCUUCAAAGAGGUGCGAUUGGUUCCCGGUCGCCACGACAUCGCCUUCGUGGAGUUCGAAAACGAAGUCCAGGCCGGCGCGGCGCGAGACGCCCUGCAGGGCUUCAAGAUCACGCAGACGAACGCCAUGAAGAUCUCUUUCGCUAAGAAGUGACCCCUCCCUGCAGGCCCGGGGUUCAAAUGCUCUCAGCCCUUUUUAUCUUUUUAUAAGAAUGUUGCUGAUUUGAGGGCACUUUCCCCUCUUCGAGGAUUGCCAUGUAAGUAUGCGUUUAAAUGUCAAGUUGCUGAGUUUCAACACUUCCCAGGCAGAAAACACUCGUUGGUAAACGACACAAUAAAAGCUGCGAAUUUUGAUUACAGACUUAUUCUGCUGUUGAAUCCGCAACUUGACAUUUGUUUUUAUAAACUGUUAAAGCAUUGCACCCAGAGUCUGGGCAACCAGACAUUGUACCUGGAGCUUUUUCUUUUUUUUAUUAAAAGAGGUGACUUUAUGUAA